GGUGGAGGAAGCCGGAAGUGGAUCGGGGCCGGGUUGGUUCGGGCGUUGCGGGUUUGUGGCCUGGGAUCGCUCGGACCGUGGCAGCUGAGGAGCCCGUGACGGGACGGAGCGACGCCAUCCCUGCACUGAGGCCUGCUGACCGGCAGGCUCUGUGCGCUCGGCGGAGGUCGGCGGCGACCAGCAGCGACCGCGGAGCGACGGCGGGCGGCCCCGGGCAUGUACGCCCCCGGAGGCGCAGGGCUGCCUGGCGGGCGCCGGCGGAGGAACCCGGGAGGCAGCGCUCUGCCCAAGCAGCCGGAGCGUAGCCUGGCCUCGGCCCUGCCGGGUGCCCUGUCCAUCACCGCGCUGUGCACUGCCCUCGCCGAGCCUGCCUGGCUGCACAUCCACGGUGGCACCUGUUCCCGCCAGGAGCUGGGGGUCUCCGACGUGCUGGGCUCCGUGCACCCGGACCUGCUGAAAGAUUUCUGCAUGAAUCCCCAGACAGUCCUGCUCCUGCGGGUCAUCGCCGCCUUCUGCUUCCUGGGCAUCCUGUGUAGUCUCUCCGCCUUCCUUCUGGAUGUCUUUGGGCCCAAGCAUCCAGCCCUGAAGAUCACCCGUCGCUAUGCCUUUGCCCACAUCCUCACAGUCCUGCAGUGUGCCACCGUCAUCGGUUUUUCUUACUGGGCUUCCGAACUCAUCCUGGCCCAGCAGCAGCAACAUAAGAAGUACCACGGUUCCCAGGUUUAUGUCACCUUUGCUGUUAGCUUCUACCUGGUGGCAGGCGCGGGCGGGGCCUCAAUCCUGGCCACAGCAGCCAACCUCCUGCGCCACUACCCCACGGAGGAAGAGGAGCAGGCGCUGGAGCUGCUCUCGGAGAUGGAGGAGAACGAGCCCUACCCGGCGGAGUACGAGGUCAUCAACCAGUUCCAGCCGCCCCCGGCCUACACACCCUAGUGCCAGCCGUGGGCCCUCCUCCUUGGCAGCCCUCCCCACUCUGCAGCGCCCUCCACACCCAGAGGUGCUCCUUUCCCCAGCGGGCCUCACCGGGAGGCUCCGGACCGUCUUCACCAACCUUCCCCGGGAGAGACUCUGCCUUUAGCGUUGUUCCUGGAUCCCCACUCUCAAAACCUGGGGUUCACUGGUUUUAGAUAACGGCACUGUUUCCCUUCUUUCCACCCCCCUCUCGUUCCGCGGUCACUCGUCAUUACCAACCAGGGAUGGUCGUACACGUUUUCCCCCUUCGUGGGCCCUGUCUCUGAGACUGAGGCUUUCCUUGGGGAGCUGUUGACAGUGGACGGUCCCCGCUAGAAGAGGCGUCCACGGGGCCCAAGGGAAAGGGGACCGUGGGCUGCGGGCUUGCCUCCUAGCUGUCCACGUGUGCCCCGCGGCCUAGCUCUGGGCUGAGCCCUGCCCCGGCCCCCUCUGGGAGUGCCCAGUACCGGGCUGCCCGCUCUGUGGAAUUCUCUGCACUUUAGUCUUUGGACUGCCUGUCACGUGUGUUCUGGUUCUGCAGGGAGAAGGGGUGGCUUCUGGGAAGCGGAGCAUGUGCUCUCCCCGACCCGUCCCUGCCUGGUGGCCGGCGCCCCGGCGUGAGCCUGAGGCCCCCCCGGAAAGGAUCAGUGUGAAGGGGGCCAAAUCUCCCCAGCCCUGUCACCUUUUAAAAUGUGAGUGGUUUUAAAAGGGAAAAACAAAACUGA